AUGAGUAGAUUCGUGAAACAUCCGGUUAUCGCUCUUUUGGAUUCGAGAGCUACGUUCAGAGAAGUCCGGCAAAUCCACGCCAAGCUCGUCGUCGACGGGACGCUAAACGAUAACCAUCUCGUUGGUCAGUUCGUAAAGGCGGUAGCUUUGAGUGACCAGAGAUACUUAAACUAUGCGAAUCAGAUCCUGGAUAACUCUGAUAGUCCUACAUUGUUUGCUCUCAAUUCCAUGAUCCGUGCACACUGCAAGAGCCUUGUUCCGGAGAAAAGUUUCGAUUUUUAUAGAAAGAUACUCUGUUCCGGGAAUGGACUUAAACCGGAUAAUUACACUGUCAACUUCUUGGUUCAGGCUUGCACAGAGAUAGGGAUGCGUGAGACAGGGCUUCAAGUUCAUGGUAUGGCUAUUAGAAGAGGUUUUGACAACGACCCGCAUGUGCAAACCGGGUUGAUUUCAUUGUAUGCGGAGCUGGGAUGUUCUGAUUCUUGCCGUAAGGUGUUUGAUUCGGUUUCUUGUCCAGAUUUCGUGUGUCGAACAGCGAUGGUCACGGCGUGUGCGAGGUGCGGGGAUGUUGGUUUCGCGAGGAAGUUGUUUGAGGAGAUGCCGGAGAAAGACCCGAUUGCUUGGAACGCGAUGAUCUCUGGCUAUGCUCAGGUUGGAGAGUCGAGGGAAGCUCUGGACUUGUUUCAUUUGAUGCAGAUGGAAGGAGUGAGAGUCAAUGCGGUUUCGAUGAUUUCGGUUUUAUCUGCUUGCACUCAGUUAGGAGCUUUAGACCAAGGGAGAUGGGCUCAUUCUUACAUAGAGAGAAACAAAAUCAACAUCACUGUGAGGCUUGGGACUACGUUGGUCGACUUGUAUGCGAAAUGCGGUGACAUGAGCAAAGCUAUGGAGGUAUUUUGGGGUUUGGAAGAGAAGAAUGUGUACACGUGGAGUAGCGCCUUGAACGGGUUUGCAAUGAAUGGGUUUGGAGAGAAAUGUCUCGAGCUUUUCUCUCUUAUGAAACAAGAAGGUGUGAGUCCAAACGCUGUCACGUUCGUCUCUGUUCUCAGAGGUUGCAGUGUGGUUGGUUUGGUAGAUGAAGGGCAAAAGCAUUUUGAUUCGAUGAGGAAUGAGUUUGGGAUAGAGCCUCAGCUCGAUCACUACGGCUGCUUAGUUGAUUUGUACGCUCGUGCGGGUCGUUUAGAAGACGCAGUGAGUAUCAUCAUGCGAAUGCCAGUGAAGCCUCAUGCUGCUGUUUGGAGUUCUGUGCUACACGCAUCUAGAAUGUACAAGAACGUUGAGCUUGGCGUGCUUGCGUCUAAGAAAAUGCUCGAGCUAGAGACCAAGAACCACGGGGCUUAUGUUCUGUUAUCAAACAUCUAUGCAGAUUCAGACGAUUGGGACAAUGUUAGUCACGUUAGACAGUCGAUGAAAUCUAGAGGAGUCAGGAAGGAACCAGGUUGCAGCGUAAUGGAGGUCAAUGGAGAAGUCCAUGAGUUCUUUGUUGGGGAUAAGUCUCACCCGAGAUAUAACGAGAUCGAGGCGGUUUGGAAGGAUAUCACGACAAAGCUGAGGCUUGCUGGGUAUAAAGCGGACACGAGUCCGGUUAUGUUUGAUAUAGAUGAAGAGGAGAAAGAGGAUGCGUUGUGUUUACAUAGCGAGAAGGCCGCGAUUGCGUUUGGAAUAAUGAGUUUGAAAGAAGAUGUUCCGAUUAGGAUCGUGAAGAACCUUCGUGUGUGUGGUGAUUGUCAUGAGGUCUCUUUGAUGAUCUCCAAGAUUUUUGAUAGAGAGAUCAUUGUGAGAGACAGGAACAGGUUCCACCAUUUCAAGGACGGUCUCUGUUCUUGCAAUGGCUUUUGGUGA